UCAUAAACUCCCUUUCUCUCUCUAAACAAAAACACCUACACAAAAUAUAAAUAUAUCACUUAAUAGUUUCUCACCAUUCAAUAUUUUUCUCCAUAUAUAAUGUCCUCAAAAUUAUCAGUUUCUUCUUCCUUCAUUCUUUUCAUCUUCAUUUUCUUCUCCAACAACAAAGGAAUUGAUGGUACUACUUUUAAUUUAAUAAACAGAUGUGAUUACAACGUAUGGCCCGGAAUAUUAGCCAAUGCAGGUAGUGAUAAACUGGAUAGUACCGGGUUCAUACUUGCCCCGGGUGAUUCACGGGUAUUCCAACCUCCACAACAAUGGUCGGGUCGGAUCUGGGGUCGAACCGGUUGUAAUUUCGAUCCCAACACCGGUCAAGGAAAUUGUGCCACCGGCGAUUGUAGAUCAAACCAAAUAGAAUGCAAUGGCGCCGGAGCAACUCCCCCAGCCACCCUCGCGGAAUUCACGAUUUUCUCAGGUGUAAAGCAAGAUUUCUACGAUAUUAGUUUAGUUGACGGAUACAAUUUACCAAUGGCAAUCCAAGCGGUUGGCGGGUCGGGUUCAUGCGAUACGACGGGUUGUGUGAAGGAUUUGAACCGAAUGUGCCCGAAUGAGUUACGGGUCGGGGACGGGCAAGCAUGCAAAAGUGCAUGUGAAGCAUUUGGUACGCCGGAAUAUUGUUGCAGCGGCGCGUACGGUUCACCUUCCACCUGUAAGCCGUCAAGUUACUCGGCGAUGUUUAAAAACGCGUGCCCAAAAUCGUAUAGCUACGCAUACGAUGAUCCUACGAGUACAUUUACGUGUACAGGAGCUGAUUAUACGAUAACAUUCUGUCCUUCAUUAACAAGUCAAAAAUCUUCGAGAGAUUCUUCGCCAUUGAACGGCAACGGAAAGGGAUUUUCGAUCGGAAAUGGCGGAUCCGGGUCGGGUACCAGUCCAGCGGAGGAUCCAUUUCCAUUUGGCAGUUCAUGGUUACCAGAUUUUAUGACAGGGGACUCAUCACAAACAAAAUUUUCUAAUUUUCACUUAAAAAUUGCAUUAUUUAUCUUUUUAUUUCUUCACCUUUUAUUAAUAUUUUAAUUUUUUCCGAUUUAAUUUCUAUAUUUCAUGGUGACUUUGAGAUAUUCACAUUUGAAGGAGAUCAAGAAAAAAAAAAGGCUGAUGAUUUUUUUUUCUUCAUGUAAAGCACAUUUUUAUAGGUUUCACAUGUAUAGAGAUUUUAAUUUGCAAUUUUUUGAAGUAGUAAAUAUUAUUUCAGUGUUCACAUUUGCUUUUGUACUACUUUUUAUUUUUAAGAAAACAUCUAUGAACAUUUGUAAGAUUCAGAAAAGGAGAGAACUUUAUUGAA